GCGUAUCAUUUAAAUAUUAUAAUGAAUUUUAAUUUUAAGUUAAAAAAAAAAAAGAAUCCAAAUAGGCUCUUGUAAAGGAAUUUAUAAAGGAAUAUGGAAAUUCGAUUUGUGUGAUGUAUUAAGUCGUACGAUUCAGCGGUUUCUGAACUCAUGUGAAAAAAAAAGUGCGGAGGCUGUACACUGAAAUAAUUUGUUAUCUUGAGAAGAAAAAAUAUUAUUGAGAUAAUGGGAAGUUGGUCAGGCCUGUUUCUUACCAUUGCGGUAUUUUUUAACAUAAGCGACUCAUAUAGAAUAUUGGUUGUAUUUCCUUUGCCUAGCAAGAGUCAUAAUAUUUUAGGUGUUAAUAUUGUUAAGCAUUUAUUGAAGGCUGGACAUAAGGUUACAUACAUCACGCCGUUUCCUGUCAAGAACUCUCAUCCAAAUUUACAAGAGUUAGACGUCAGCGAAAAUUUUGACAAGAAGAACGAAAGAAUGUUGAAUGUUAAUGCAUUAUUAAAUAAAGAAUUCAGUUUUGAUAAUCCAAUAAAAAUGUUUCGAUAUACAAUUGAUUUAUUUGAGAAAACCGUUCAAAAUCCUAACGUUGUGAAAGUAUUUAAUGACACCAACCAGAAAUUUGAUGCAGUGAUAGCUGAAUGGAUGUACAAUGAUGCUUAUUCUGGGAUUGCUACUUUAUUCGACUGUCCUUUCAUCUGGCUUUCCACUAUGGAACCGCAUUCGAUUAUACUUAGUUUGAUUGAUGAAAGUACAAAUCCAGCUUAUGUGCCAGACAGUUUGUCAAGUAAUAUACCGCCAUUUAAUUUGAAAGAACGAGUCAGUGGAUUAUUCUUCCAGCUUUUAAGUUCAGCUUUUAAAACUUUUUAUUGGAACGGCGUCGUUGAAAGAGAAUUUGAAAGAUUGCUCGGCCCAUAUUUAACUCAGAGAGGAAAAGCUAUUCCGUCAUUUAAUGAUGUUAAUUAUAACGUGUCUCUAGUUUUGGGAAAUUCUCACGUAUCUUUAGGACAAGCAAUAAGACUACCACAAAAUUACAAGCCCAUAGGAGGAUACCAUAUAGAUACUGAUGUAAAACCAUUGCCAGAAGAUUUGAAAAAACUGUUGGACAAUGCAAAAAAUGGCUUGAUAUACUUCAGCAUGGGAUCAAACCUAAAGAGUAAGGAUCUUCCAGAUGAACUAAAACGUGGAUUCCUCAAUAUUUUUAGUAACUUGAAACAGACAGUGCUAUGGAAAUUUGAAGAAGCAAUUAAUGACUUGCCAAAAAAUGUUCAUAUUGCUCAGUGGGCUCCACAACACAGUAUAUUAGCACAUCCAAAUUGUAUCCUUUUCAUCACACACGGUGGGCUUUUGUCUACUACAGAAACAGUCCAUUUUGGAAAACCCAUUAUUGGAAUCCCAGUGUUUGGUGAUCAGUUCACUAAUAUGGAAAGGGCUGUUAAGAAAGGUUUUGCUAUAAAAGUGACUCUGUCUUAUACAAUGUUGGACGAGUUUAAAGUUGCUAUUGAUGAAGCUCUCAAUAAUCCUAGAUACAGAAAUAAAGUGAGAGAGCUCUCGGCCAUUUAUCACGACCGUCCCGUGUCACCUGGUAAAGAGUUGGUGCACUGGGUGGAGCACGUGGUGCGCACGCGCGGCGCGCCGCACCUGCGCUCACCGGCGUUGCAUGUGCCAUUCUAUCAGAAGUACUACCUAGAUUUAUUGGGGCUUAUUGUAGUAAUCCUUCCAAUAAUAAUAAUUGUAAUAAAACAAGAAUUGACGUUGAAUUCAAUGAAAAAGGAAAAUUUGAAAACAAAGAAAAACUAAUUGAUCGAAUUUUCUGGUUUAAUGAUUCCUAAAAUAAGUUCCAUGGAACUCGUAAAAAAGUCAUUAGGGUUCCGUGAAGUUAUUU